GCAUCGUCGCGUUGCACCCAAGCGGCUUGGCUUGUCCUCAAUUUGGCUUGCCACGACGAAGUUCUUACUUGUCAAUCUACUACUUGCAACUUCGGCGUCCGCAUUAACUUGAAAUUGAAUUUACCUGAAAUAUGGCAGACAACGAAGAUCUUUUGGAUUACGAAGAUGAGGAGGCGACGGAACAAGUAGCCGUUGAAGGAGCUGGAGAUGCCCCAGCGAAGAAAGAAGUUAAAGGCACAUACGUAUCCAUUCACAGCUCUGGUUUUCGAGAUUUUCUGCUCAAGCCGGAAAUUUUGAGAGCUAUCGUUGACUGUGGUUUUGAACAUCCUUCUGAAGUUCAGCAUGAGUGUAUUCCUCAGGCUGUUUUGGGAAUGGAUGUCUUGUGUCAAGCCAAAUCUGGUAUGGGUAAGACUGCUGUUUUCGUAUUGGCCACCCUCCAACAGUUGGAAAUGGUGGAAAAUCAGGUUUCUGUUCUUGUCCUGUGCCAUACACGAGAGCUAGCUUUCCAGAUCUCCAAGGAAUAUGAACGUUUUUCCAAGUACAUGACUACCAUCAAGGUUGGUGUAUUCUUUGGUGGUUUAAAUAUUGCCAAAGAUGAGCAAACUUUGAAAUCAAAUUGCCCUCACAUUGUGGUUGGAACCCCUGGUCGUAUCCUGGCGCUGGUCCGCUCGAAGAAACUAAACCUCCGCACACUUAAGCACUUCGUUCUUGACGAAUGUGACAAAAUGCUUGAAGCUCUAGACAUGCGUCGAGACGUGCAGGAGAUUUUCCGCAACACACCUCAUGAAAAACAAGUGAUGAUGUUCAGCGCCACGCUGAGCAAGGAGAUCCGUCCUGUCUGCAAAAAGUUUAUGCAAGAUCCAAUGGAAGUAUACGUUGACGACGAGUCCAAACUCACUCUGCACGGUCUCCAGCAGCACUAUGUCAAACUAAAGGACAACGAGAAGAACCGAAAAUUAUUUGAGCUGCUUGACGUACUUGAGUUUAACCAGGUCGUUAUCUUCGUCAAAUCCAUUCAGCGUUGUAUGGCGCUCUGCCAGUUGCUAGGCGAGCAAAACUUCCCUGCCAUCGCCAUUCACCGUAGCAUGACUCAGGAAGAACGUUUGUCGCGUUACCAACAGUUCAAAGAUUUCAAAAAGCGAAUUUUGGUAGCUACAGAUUUGUUCGGUCGUGGCAUGGACAUUGAACGUGUCAAUAUCGUUUUUAACUACGACAUGCCUGAAAACUCAGACUCGUACCUGCAUCGUGUCGCUCGCGCUGGUCGUUUUGGAACUAAAGGAUUGGGAAUCACAUUUGUAAGUGAUGAGAACGAUGCUAAAGUUUUGAAUGACGUUCAAGAACGUUUCGACGUUAGCAUCACACCGUUGCCAGAUGAGAUUGAUUUGUCAUCCUAUAUUGAGGGACGUUAAACUGGACGGAGACUUAUGAGCAGGUCGUUUUUUCAUGUGACGAUUCCAAUGUUUUUAUUUGUCCUACACCGAUUGGAAAUUUUUUUAGCCCGAAAUAAUACAAAUCAAUGAUGGUACUCGA